GCCUCACCCUAUAAAUACCAUACCUGCUCCCUCACUUCUUCACAACUCAAAACCUCCCAUUACAUCAUCUUCCUAUUCAUCAAUUUUUAUUUUCUUACUUUCCAAACACUUCUCAGAAUCAUGGGUGUUUUCACAUACGAAUCCGAGUUCACCUCUGUCAUCCCCCCUGCUAGGUUGUUCAAUGCCUUUGUUCUUGAUGCUGACAACCUCAUCCCCAAGAUUGCACCACAAGCAGUGAAGAGCGCUGAAAUCCUUGAAGGAGAUGGAGGAGUUGGAACCAUUAAGAAGAUCAACUUCGGUGAAGGUAGCACAUACAGCUAUGUGAAGCACAGAAUUGAUGGGGUUGACAAGGACAACUUUGUCUACAAGUACAGUGUGAUCGAAGGAGAUGCUAUCUCUGAGACAAUUGAGAAGAUCUCUUAUGAGACUAAGUUGGUUGCUGCCAGCAGCGGUUCCGUCAUCAAGAGCACCAGCCACUACCACACCAAAGGUGAUGUUGAGAUCAAGGAAGAGCAUGUUAAGGCUGGCAAAGAGAAGGCCUCCCACCUCUUUAAGUUGAUUGAGAACUACCUCUUGGAGCAUCAGGAUGCCUACAACUAAAUUCUUCUGCUGCUUCAAUGAUUUUCUAAGUUAUCUUGAUCAAAACUCUAUGUCAUCUUUGGCAUAAAAAAUUGUGUGGUUUUCAUUCCUUUUUUUUUUUUAACUUCCGAAACGCUAUGUUGGCUUGUAAUGGGAGCUUUUGAUUGAAGAGUGAAUAUUGUAUUUCCUUACAUUUGCAAAUGAAUAAAAAUAAAAUCAUGGAUUUGAUGAUA